AUACUUGUCAACUUAGUUCCAUCUCCUUCUUCCUCUCCUUUCACGUUUCUCCAAUUCAGUUAUAUAUUUUUUUCUCCAGAAUUUAAGAUUCUUUCUUUCCACAAAAGUAACAAAUAUAUAACUAUAUAUAUAUAUAUAUACCAAAAUAUAUAUAUAUAUAUCAUUUUUAUUCAGAAAUUUUACUGUCAUUGAAGAUAGAAGAUCACAAGUUCUUUUUGGCAUCUUGAAGCUUCCAAGUUUUUAUAUUUUGGUAUUUUGAAGAUCCCAAGUUAUUUUCUUUUGGUACUUUGAAGAAAGAUGUUGGGAGAACUCAUCACAAGUACUUUAGUAUUGGUUCUUGGAUUUGCAUAUCCUGCAUUUGAAUGUUAUAAGACUAUUGAGAAUAAUAGAGUUACUAAUGUAGAACUCAGAUUUUGGUGCCAAUAUUGGAUUAUUGUUGCUUUGUUAAGAAUAUUUGAGAGCAUUGGUGAUGUAUUCAUGGCAUGGUUACCAAUGUACAAUGAGGCAAAAUUAGCACUUAUAAUAUACUUAUGGUAUCCAAAAAUGAAGGGAACAGGAUACAUAUAUGAUACAUUAUUGAAACCAUAUGUGUCAAAGCAUGAACCAAAUAUUGACAAAGGUUUUUUGGAGUUUAGAGCAAGAGCAUUUGAUUUGGCAAUUUAUUACUGGCAAAAUUGCACUGAAUUGGGACAAGCAAAGUUCUUUCAAUUGCUGGAUUUUGUUGCUCCUCCAUCUAGAAGAAGUUCACAUCUCAGCUCUGAGGAAAGAAAUGGCAUAGAUCAUUUUCGCGGACCACCUCCUUCAGCUCCACCACCACCACCACCAUCGUCAUCAUCAUCCUUUGGGUUAUUCAGAAGGAACAAACCAUCGUCAGACAGGAGACAACCACAACCACCACCAUCACCGCCACGGAGGUCACCACGAUCCUACUCCGCACACCGAUCCAUCUUUCAUUCCUCUAAAUCGGAAACGGUCCAAGUCCACCCCGAGGAUCUUUACCUAGACCCAGAUUAUCGUUGAACCGAUUAAAAUCACAACAUUUAGACACUCGAACUAAAUCAUAAGUUAGUUCGAUCAAAUAGUCUACUAGAAAUAGUAAGAAAAUAUGUACAUUGUGCUUAAUUUGUAAAUAACCAAAAAAAAAAAAAAAAAAAAAACUAAGAUUUUAAAUAUUUUUUAAUUUUUGACCUUUUCCCUGCUCCAUUUGUAUUUAAUUUCUUUUUUCUGAUUACAUAAUAAAAUACGUUGUACAUUUAUGACCA